AUGACUUUGGAAUUGAUGCGUGACAUAAACUUGUACAUUCCUUAUGAUAAAAGACAUGGCACAUUAUUGUAUCAUGUUUUAAGAGAAACAGCCAACUUUCUUAGAUUUCAUUCGAUGCCAACUUCAUUCAAAGAUGAGAUCGUAAUAGGAAAAACAAAGGAAAAAUUCUUAUCAAAUUCUUCAGAAAAAAAGCCACAAAAUGUUUGUCCAUUGCACAUUGGAAAAAGAGAAAGAAAAAAGGAAACUUAA